AGACGUCCAGUGAAUGCCAGACUGCGAAAGAGAAACAAUAAUGGUGUUUGAGCUUUCAACCCAUUAAGUUCUCCGAGAGAAGAUAUCUGAUGAAAAAUUACUGCAACGUUACAGAUCGUAAGAGACUCACUUAGCUUACUAUGGCUAAAUUACUUUGUAUAUUAAAGCUCAAUGACAGCACAGGCUUCCUUAAUCACCGGUAGUCCAACCACAACAUGGCUUCUGUUUGAAAUAAACCACAGUUCGUGUUAUAAAGAAGCUUAUAAGCCAAGUUAAAUUACUGCUGUAAGUUAGCCCCUCAGUUGGUAGCUUCAUCAUGAACUCAUGUUUUGUGACACCAAGCACUGUUAAAACUAAACUAAAUUAACUCUCAGACUUUUUUUUAAACGAACACGCCAGUCUGAAUUACAGCUAAAUGUGUGUAAAAUGAUGCAUAAAACUUAAAUUACAUAAGUUGUAAAACAAUUAUCUUGAAUUUGAGUCUUUUACUCUAACUGCUAAAGCACGCAACUGCAGCAUACACAGUGUAUUUCGUGCUUGUGUAAAACCUAUGGAAAACAAGUUUUACCUGUUUAUGAAGUUAUUUUAUGUACAAUUUGUGGGGAAUAUUGAGACCAUUUGUUUUAAGUUGCUACAUGUUGUGUUGUCUGUUUUGUAGGGCAGCAACUAAUACAUAGUUGUAUCAUUGGUUGAAUGUAAUAAAAAGAAAAACAUUUUUAAUCGUUUAGUCUUUUAAACGUUCGAAAAUAUCGUAAAAUGUCCAAGGUGACGUGUUUUGUCUGACCAAAACCCAAAGAUGUUCAGUUUACAAUGAAAUUGAACCGCAGAAACAGCAAAUCCUUCACUUUUGAGAAGCUGGAACCAGACAAUGAUAAUUGACUUAAACCGUUUCGAUUAUCUGUCAUCUAUUUUCUGUUGAUUGUCUAAUUUAUUAUUGCCAAAUCGUUUCAUCUCUUUGAAGGUUUCUUAAGACAGAAAUAUGUGUAAAAAAUGAUGCACAAACCUUGAACUUCAAUAUUUUACUCAAAUUGUGUCAUAGUUUCAAUUAACAACCAUAACAAGCAGCUGCAGAAUAUACAGUGAACGUGGAAGGUUGGAAAUAGUAGUUUAGUUUGACAGUUCAUCUUAAGUCAAGGUCUACUUACUAGCUUUUCCUGGAGCUUUGAACCACAUUUCACGAUCUUCGUCAAAAGCCGGCAUGGAAGACAAGGCAAAUGGCUCUGUUGACACCAAAAGCCCAGUGGAGAACGGCCAGCUGCCGGACCCUGCCAACUGGGGGGUCGCCGAUGUCGUCAAUUACUUCAAAGCAACAGGGUUCGAGGAGCAAGCCACAGCUUUCCAGGAUCAGGAAAUCGAUGGCAAGUCCCUGCUUCUGAUGACCCGUAACGAUGUCCUGACAGGGCUGUCAAUAAAGCUUGGCCCUGCACUUAAAAUCUAUGAGUAUCACGUGAAGCCGCUGCAAACUCAACACCUGAAGAGCAAUGCCUCGUAGCACCGCAGGCCGUCCCAAACAAUGACAAUCAUCGUGUCAGGAGACCCCAGGUUAGCUGCCACUUCACAAAGACUCCUCUGGCCACAGUGGCACCUUAACAGGAUUUGAAUGCUGUAUGUUUUUAUAAGUGUGGACCCCAAAAAUGGGUGGCACGUGGAGUUCACUCAGCUGUUUACCCUUUCAGCUAUGCUUGAGAUAUGUAUUUUACUUUUGUGUGUUUUAUUUAAAGAAGGAAAUAUGGGGUGAAUACUCUGCGUGUGUACACAUUUAAGUGUGUACGUAUAUGUGUGUUUGUGUGCAGAGUGAAUUAACCCAUGUUGGUUUAAAAAAAAAAAAAGUAUUUGUAUAUAAGAUUAUAUAUAGUUUAAAACAGUGUAUGUUGUCGUACCUGAACACUUUGAUACAUGCAGAAAAUGAAUGAUUCUGGUGCAUACAGUUUUGCCCUAAAAUCUGUUUUUAUGCUCUAAACUGUGCAGCCAAGUCCAUGAAACGUCCUUAGCAUGUAACAAUGAAGCAUUUUGUUAUCCCAGACACAAAGAGCCAACCGAAAGCCUCAUUGUCCCUGCACACCUACGUUAUCUAGGCCAGAGGCUCUUGAUAUCAAAAUAUUUAUGUGUAUAUAUUCUUAUGUUCCUACCUGUGGUGCUUUCAGAAUUGUCGCACAGACAACUGUAUUGAAGUGUGUAUGACCAAUGUAUAUGUGCAACAUAACACUGGAGUUUGAAUAUCUGAAUCAAAGAUUUGCAAUAAAUGGUGCUCUUUUCUCACAAAAUAA